CACGACAUCAGCGAACCGACGAAAUGGCCUUCUGACAGCAAUUUUCGCCCACCGAACCGAAGCAGAAGCGGAGAUACAACCUUCCGCCCCUUUGAGCGUUUCGUCAAUCUAACCUCGGUAGAUUCCUGCAAACAAUGUCACCGCGCCAAGAUGCCCCGGGGGGCCGGCAGCAGCACUCCGACAGGUCGAAUGUCAAGUCGGCGACCGACUUAAUGAGUGUCACCUCAAGAAUGACUGAAAGGGAAGAGUUCCUGGACACGCGCAUAAAAGACAGGUGACAGGAUGUGUGGGGUGGGACCGCAUGGGAGAGUCACGAAAGAGGCACAGGGGGGAGGCAUCAUUCUUGUCUGGUGUUUCAUACAGGAAGGUCGUCCGGCAGUGUCCCCUAGAAAAAGGUGUGCCUAUAAAGAGACGGCAGUGCCCCCUGUGUUGGGACGACGGUGUGUUGCUUCUUCAGACGUCUUCGGGCUCGCAUGGGUGGCACGCUUCGGAGCGUAUGCUGUUGUCCCCGGCAUUCGGAUGGCCGGCUCCUUCAAAGUGCGAAUCAGCAAGUCCUUCAGCAUCAUCCUCUCUGUAGUGGCGUUAGUGCUUCACUUUGUGGGCUACGGUGUCCUCUUUGGCAUUCAUUACGACAGUGACUAUUUUUCCACCAAAGUCAAGACCAGGUGCACACAAAGGACACAUACAGUAGACAGAUGGUGUCCUCCCUGGUGGCGUCUGCGUAUUUGCCGGUGUCUCUCUCGCAGGGACGCCAAGGAAUUGGCCGCUGUGCUCAAGGAGGGGUUUGCUGACUCGCCCGCUCUAUUCGGUGCUCGCUUCCUCGCAGUCUGUAUUUUCACGUCUUUCUCGCUUCCAUCUCUGGCCAACCGGUGCCGCCUGAUCGAGAUGUGGGUGAUGGAGCAGCGACUCGUGUGGUUUGCCGAUGUUUCCAUGCUCUCACGCAACUAGUAAGGGAGAAGUAAAGGAUGGCCAUCCUGCUCUGUAUAUCGACUCUGGUGUCUGCCCCCUGCAGUUAUCUGCUUCUCGGUGACUGUCAUCCCCAAUAUACCGAGCAGCAGCUGGGGCAGCUGGACAUUGCAAAUGCGUGGGAGUGGGUCACCGGCUUCGUGUGCCUUCUCAUCAACUUGGUAGAGGUGAUCUGGAUCUUCUUGUUCACCUAUGGUGCCACAGACUCCAUCAUUCGCGCCACAGACGUCUCAGUAAGGUCAAAUGCCUGAGUGCGAAAGAAAAACGUCAUGAAAACAUACGUAUGUUGUGAUCAGGACAUCUUCAUUACAUCGGUGAUCACCAUUCUCGUCGUCAAGUACCUGGACCGGGCUGUCUUGCAUCUCUUCACGAGUUUCUUCGACAUGAUAAUUGGCCCGAGAUGCUGGUUGUUCCAGCUCGCCGAAAGGUUCGAGCGGGAGAGGGAAGUCGCCGAGUUGCGGUCUACCGCCACCGGCAAACUCUGCUCCUGCUUCGGCGCAUCUAUCGAGGUCGUCAUCGGGCUGAUCAUAAGGUGCGGUCGGACUGACUGACACAGUGACACUCGCACAGAAUCAGGCACACUCACUGUACUUAGAAGGUCGCUGGGUCUGCACCUGCAGGGAGAUUCUUCGGCUUCCGAUUGGGCUUCUAUUUGCCAUUGCCUUCUCGCCCUUCAUGUAGGAGGAGAGGGAGAGGCAGGUUGAGAGAUGCGCAGGAUGACUGUCGUGGUGUCUCUCCACUUUGUUUUCUCCAGACGUUUCGGUGCCGUCAAGCUGUCUGACAGGUUGUCUCAGCGAGGCCUGACUAAUGAGGACGAGUUCACCGACUUCAUCGCUUGGGCCCUCACUCUCUCUAUCGUCCUCUUUGGCAUGCUCACACCCCUUGUCAAUCGCACAUUCGGCUCCGUGAAGCGGAUGGCGAAACGAGAGAUAGUCCAUCCGGGAGACGCCGAGGACAGGGACGAAGACAACUUCUCCAUUGUGACCAAUACGCGCUCCCGUCCUCCCGACUUGAUGACCGAGAUGUCACCGUACAGUCCUUUGCCUUCCCCCAGGUGGCCCCAGGAUGACGCCAUGAGCCAGACCAGCCGCACCAGCCGCGGCAGCAAACACCCACGGCAGAACCGUCCACACGCCAAGAGGGCCAUGCCGCUGACUGAGCCACAGCCAACCGACGCGGAGGCGCCUGCGCGAGCACCCAAGAUCAUCAUCAUGACGCAGGAUGGUACUGAGCGGACACAGAAACAAGAGACUCUUGACUGGACCCUAUGGCUACGUGUCUCUCUAUCUGUCUUGAAUAGACACGCGCAUCGAUCAAGCCAUCGACAAUUUGUUUACUUCUGCGCCGCCGAAAGGUGAGGAGGGCGGUGCCGCUGCUGCAGUGGCGGGGAAGGCCCCAGCUGAGCUCGACAUAUUUGCCUAUGAGAGCAGUGAGGAAAGCGACUGACACUGAACUGACUUUGCACGCUGAGUGGUACGUAAGUCCGAGUCUGGGAGGGGAUCAGUUUGCUCAAUGUGUGUCUUGCGUCUUUGAGGCUACAGCCAUUGUGCAGACACUUAUGACCAAGGCAUAUGAAAACGAAUGCCAUACGCUCGUCGAG